AUGGGCUCAUUGGGGAAUGCUAAUGCCUCAAAGGAGCUUAUCAACCUCCAGCUCGGAUGGCCAUCGCCGCGUCUGUUUGCUGCCGCGGGUCUUCUCGCCGGCGCACAAGAAGUCCUCACGUCAGAAGCCGAGGUCGCGAAGGCUCUCGUCUACGGGCCGCAUCUGGGCCAUCCGCCAUUCCGACAGAGCGUUGCGGAAUGGCUCACCUCGAUGUACAACCCCAGUGCUGGAGGGGUCACCUCUGACAGAAUAGCCAUCAGCAACGGCGCAUCCGCCAAUCUCUCCAAUGUCCUGGCCCGUUUCACUGACGCGGGCUACACGCGGAGGAUAUUCAUGGUCGAGCCGACUUACUUCCUUGCCUGCCCGAUCUUCGAGGACAACGGCUUCCACGGCAAGAUGCGCGGCGUUCCUGAGAAUUGCGAGGGCAUCGACGUCGAAUACCUACGCCAGGAGCUAGAGAAGGCAGAGGCUAGCGCUGUACAGCAGGCGAAGGCCGAGGGACUCCCAGACGAGCCACGCAUGAAGACCGGAGCCAACUACCCUAACAAGAUCUACAAAUACGUUGUUUACUGCACGCCAACUUUUGCCAAUCCUAGUGGCAAGACCUAUUCGCUGGAGAAUCGGAGGGCGUUGGUCAAGCUCGCGAGGGAGCAUGAUGUUCUUGUUAUCUCUGAUGAUGUGUACGACUUUCUCAGCUGGCCUGCCGAUCAGAACGCCGCAACAGAAGUGGUUGCGCCUUUACCUCCACGGCUAGUCGACCUCGAUCGCGAGCUCGAGGGAGGCAGCAAAUGGGGCAACACGCUGAGUAACGGUUCCUUUUCCAAGAUCAUUGGACCUGGUAUCAGAGUUGGCUGGGCCGAGAGUACUGCAGCUUUCAUCAAAGAACUGGGCGAGGUAGGCUCGUCCAGCUCAGGAGGUGCUCCAUCGCACCUGGCCUCUACAUUCGUAGACAAGAUGCUACGUUCCCACCACUUGCAAGAGUACAUCACGGACACACUGAUACCCACUUACCGAAGCAGAUACUACACUCUGAUAUCAAGUAUUGAGAGCCGACUUGUUCCCUUGGGAGUCACUAUCGAGAACAACAAAUCUUCACAUUCCACUCCCACUACUGCUGGUGGGUACUUCCUAUAUGUGCGGCUUCCAUCCGACCUACCUGUGGCCAAGACAGUGGCGGCAUUCGCUUUCAAGGAGUACGCCCUGCGCGUUGCCUUUGGUCACAUGUUUGUGGUAGCUGGUGAUGAGGGUAGUAUUCCCAGAGCAGAAGCUCACGGAGGGUACGCGAGGUGUCUUAGGUUGUGCUGGGCCUGGAACGAAGACAAAGCUAUCAAGGAAGGGGUGGAGCGGCUUGCCGAUGCGAUUGUUGACAUACGCCGAAGGACAAAGGCUGGCGAGCCCAUCGCACCUCAUCCUCAAAGAUCCCGAACCUUUUUCGUGUUUUACGAUCCUGAGUAUCCUAUCUCCAACAACUGCUUCCUUUCCCCAUCUCGAGUCUUGCAUCUCUCACUUUUUCCACCCCCCAAAUCCCAACCCCGUUCCAUCACCCGGAAAAAGGACUUUGUUGUCAUAAUGGACCGAGUCGAGAGCUCGACCAACAAGCCAAUGGAGACGACCACUGCCGUAGACAUCGAGAACAAGAACGGCGUCUUGCAGCCAACUCGCCAGGACGACGUCGCAGCCGCCUACACCAACUACUUCAGCGAGAACGAGCCGUACACGCAAAAGGAGGCGCGUUCGCUACGGUGGAAACUCGACCGUCGCCUAAUCCCACUGCUAUGCUUCAACAUCGUCCUAGGUGCCAUGGACAAGGUCAGCACGUCCACUGGCGCACUCUUUGGCAUGCGCGAAGACACGAACUCGGAAGGGGACCGAUACUCCUGGCUAGGAAGCGCGUUCUACUUCGGGUACCUCGUGUGGUGCUUCCCGGCCGCAAGUCUGUUGCAAAAGUUGCCCAUAGCCAAGCUGAUGUGUGGCAUUAUCUUUCUCUGGGGUAUUAUCCUUAUAUCGACUGCGUACACAAGAACCUUCCCAGCUAUGAUAGCACUGAGGGUUCUGCUCGGAAUCUUGGAGGCACCUAUCAUCCCUGGAGGCUACCUCAUGUUGACCAUGUGGUACACUCGACAGUACGUGCAGAUACAGCCUGAUGGAACAAAGGAGAAGGUAGCUAACGUCAUGGACAGUGAGCAAUCAUUGCGGUCUGGCUUGAUGUAUACCAACCUGUCAACCUUCUUCACCGCUCCAAUCGGUUAUGGUGUCGGUGCUAUUGCCGGUGGCCACCAGUGGAAGUGGUUCUUCAUCACAAUCGGCUCCAUCUCCCUUGUGUGGUCCGUCAUUAUCGGCCUCUUCCUCCCUGACAACCUGAUCCGGGCCAAGUUUGUCACAGAACGCGAAAAAGCCAUUACUGUCGAACGCCUGCGUGCCGACCAGACUGGCAUUGAGAAUAAGACAUUCAAGAAAGAGCAGGUCUGGGAGGCCCUGAGGGAUCCCAAGACGUGGCUCAUGUUCUUCUUCAACGUCUUCGUCAGCAUUCCUAACGGUGGUCUGACUAACUUCCAAGCUCUGGUCAUCAAGGGCCUCGGGUACGACUCACGCACCGCCUUGCUACUGACCAUGCCCGAAGCUGCCGUCGCCACUGUCUCCUCGUGGCUUUGCAAUGGUGGCGUCUGGUAUUUGACACGGCGCUGGCCCAAGCUACAGUGCCGUGUUGGCAUCAUCAUCGGCGGCGAGAUCAUCGGCAUGAUCGCAUCCGUAUUCCUGUACACCCUCCCACUCAACGCUAUCCACGGACGUCUCGCCGCGCUUUGGAUGGCCAAGUUCUUCCUCGGCCCCUAUAUCGUCAGCCUGGCCCUGAACGUCGCCAACAUUGCCGGGCACACCAAGAAAGUCACAGUCCAGGCCGUCAUCUUCAUUGCAUAUUGCAUCUCCAACAUCAUCGCGCCCCAGUUCUUCAAGGCCAAUCAAGCACCCCUCUACCCUCUUGGCAUGGGCGCCAUCCUGGGCGCGUACGUGCUUGCCAUCAUCACCAUCGCGCUGUAUGGCCUGUACUGCUACUGGGAGAACUGCCGUCGAGAUCGCGUUGACAGCACGCGCGGCGAGCGUGUCCACGUCGACACGGAUUUCAAGGAUCUCACGGACAAGCAAAACGUUCAUUUCCGCUACGUGUGGUAG